GAAGCUCAUGCCCAGGCAGAAGCUCACAGUGAGGCCCAGUCACAGACUCAGCCUCAUGUGGACCCAUCAGAACCUGUCCCGCGUCUAUGCCACCUGACGCGCUCCGAGACGGGCUACGGGUUCAACCUCCACAGUGACCGGUCGCAGCCCGGACAGUACAUCCGCUCCCUGGACCCCGGAUCGCCAGCAGACCAAGCCGGACUCCGACCACAGGACAGGCUCAUUGAGGUGAAUGGUGUGAACAUUGAGGGUAUGCGGCAUGCAGAGGUAGUCGCCUUUAUAAAGAGAGGAGGAGAUGAGACCUGGCUGUUGGUGGUGGAUCCAGACACAGAUGAACACUUCAAGAGGCGAGGAGUGGUCCCCACAAUUAACCAUGUCAAAGAUUACGAUGGGCCCUCCAUAUCCAAUGGUUCCCCGGCCCCUCAGCUAAAUGGCAGCUCUACCUCUCAGUCUAUGAGGUCCACGCGCUCUGAUAACAGCAGCCAGGGCAACAGCACGCAGCUGGCCGAUGACGACGGCGGCCGGUUCUUGGACCCUUUUGCGGAGAUGGGCCUGAGGUUGAGCGCUACAGCAGCAGAGGAAAAGAUGAAGGUCCAUGCCAAGGAAAAGAGGAAGGCACCCCAGAUGGACUGGAUGAAGAAAUAUGAGCUGUUCAGUAAUUUCUAA